GGACCCACACACAGCUCAGCUCAUGUGUGUUAGAUGGGUUCAUUCCUGUUGCACUCACUGCCUGUGACAGCAGAUUUGUCUCUGAAAGCUGAAUUCUCUCUGUGUGUGAAGGCGCUCUGCAAACAUGGCUGGUAAGAUACAGAGUCUGAAUGAAGAGGAGAGAACUCACCUACUCCCCCUGCUACGCAACGCUCAGUGGGUGGAGGUCGUGGGCCGGGACGCCAUUUACAAAGAGUUUGUGUUUAAAGACUUCAAUCAGGCUUUUGGUUUCAUGUCCAGAGUGGCUCUACAAGCAGAGAAGAUGGACCAUCAUCCUGAGUGGUUCAAUGUCUAUAAUAAGGUUCAAAUCACUCUCAGCACACAUGACUGUGGAGGCUUGUCGCAGCGUGACAUCACUUUGGCCACCUUCAUUGACCAAGCAUCUCUGAUGUGACCAACACAGUUUUCACAGUAAAGAAAUAAGCAGCGGGAGUCAGUGAUCGGUGUAUUUGACCUGCAAAAAGGAUAUGAACUAGUUACUUUCAUUCUAUAGCCAUCUGUAAAGGGUCCAAUAUAUUUUUGAUGGUGGUGGUUUGGUGAAUAUGGUAUCUUUGCUAUAAAAUCACAUUUACAUAUUACAGUAUAAGGAUUCAAUUCAUUCCUCAGUAACCAUUCCACUAUUAAUUACACCGCAUUUCUUCUUCAACAUCUUCAAGAACAACUAAAGGGCCAGUUGCUACCAACUCAAUGUGUGCCUCUGUCACAGCUUAUGUCCCAAAUACAUUCGUACUUUACCGUCAUUAAAAUCACUUUCUCUAUC